UUAAGAUAAGACCAUUAUUACGUAUUACAUUACGUAUUACGCUUCCACAAUCAAAGUGAAAUAUAAUAUUACAUAUUAUAAUAUUACAUAUUAUUAAGAUAAGACCAUUAUUACGUAUUACAUUACGUAUUACGCUUCCACAAUCAAAGUGAAAUAUAAUAUUACAUAUUAUUAAGAUAAGACCAUUAUUACGUAUUACAUUACGUAUUACGCUUCCACAAUCAAAGCGAAAUAUAAUUUUACAUUCUUUUUACUUUAUGCCUGUUGGUAUUCCAAAAGUUCCUUUUCAAGUUCCGGGAGAUAACGAUGCAAGCUGGGUUGACAUAUAGUGCGACUUGUCAAAUAUAUUGGGUCAUAUGGGAUUCCCCCGUUCUCUCGCCCGAUCGAGAUAUCCCCUGUUUCGCCCCAAAAAGAUUGAUUGAAUUAUCAAAAAUUUGUAGCGGGAAGUGUAAUGAAGUGCAAUUAGAGAUCCAUUUCAUGGGGGUGUAUCCAGAUUAAUAUUUUCAAUUAGAAUGAUUUAUGGUUGGCUUGGUUGGACUGAUAAAAUGAAGUAUCCAGGCUCCGUUUAGAAAAAACCCAAUUGGUAAUAUAUUUAUGAUUACCACCUAUAUCAUAAUCAUAAUUUUUCUUUUUUUUUUUAAUUAUAAAUAAGAGCGAUUUCAAACUGUUAAUCAAUCGAAUAAUAUGGGAAAUACGUUGAAUAUUUGGCGAAAAACAUGAAAGAAAAAGGAAUUAAAUUAAAAUAAAAAAAGGAAAUGAAAUCAUAGCAAAAAGACGUGGUAUUGGGUCAUUUGUCCUAUAUGUGCAAAUAAAAAUCGGGCAGAUCUUUACUCGGAGUAGAGCAUAAACCUAAAAAAAUUGAAUAAAAAAUUGACGAACCCCAUUCAGGAACAAGAAAAUGACAUCGUGAUUUGGAUUGAAUCGCAAUGAAAAAAAAAUGGAUCAAUGAAAAGUUUGUGCAAUAAGUUUAGCGAAUUUUUUCUAUAUUAUAGGAAAACGGGCCAAAACUCAUCUUUCUUUAAUUUAAUUUUAAAUUUCAUUUUAUUUAAAAAAUGUAAGAAAAAGCCCCUUCAUUAGAAAUUAGAAGUUAGAAAGGUCCGACUAGAAAAAACAAAGGAUGGCUGGAAUCUACACAUUGAUUUUUUUUCGCAAUUUUUGUUGAACCGUAUGCAUCAAAAGGUGCCUGUACGGCUACUAAGGGAUACAAUUUUAUCCUAAUCAACCGAAUUUAUCGAGAAAGAUUGCUUUUUUUGGGCAAAGAGCUUGAUAUCCAGACCUCGAAUCAACUUGCGGGUAUUAUGAUCUAUCUCAGUAUAGAGAGUAAUAGCCGAGACCUGUUUUUUUUAUAAACUCUCCUGGCGGAGGGAUAGUAUCUGGAUUAUCUCUUUUUGAUACUAUGCAAGCAGUGGAACCAGAUGUGCAUACACUAGCCAUGGGAUUGACCGCUUCAAUCGCAGCUUUUCUCUUGGUCGGAGGAGAAAUUACCAAACGCAGAGCAUUCCCUCACGCUCGGGUAAUGAUCCAUCAACCUAUUAGUAUGCUUAAGGAUGAUGGCUUCAAAGACUGGGUCAUGGAAACAGACGAAGUAAUGAAAAUGCAAGAAGACAUCAUAGAGGCUUAUGUACAAAGAACGGGCCAGCCCCGAUGGGUUAUAAACAAAGACAUGGAAAGAGAUAAUUUUAUGUCAGCAAAAGAAGCCAAAGAUCAUGGAAUUGUGGAUCAUAUAGUGCGUACAGAAUCGAGACCUAUAGUGAAUGAAAAACCUAUAGUGAAUGAAAAACCUAUAGUGAAUGAAAAACCUAUAGUGAAUGAAAAACCUAUAGUGAAUAACAAACCUAUAGUGAAUGAAAAACCUAUAGUGAAUGAAAAACCUAUAGUGAAUGAAAAACCUAUAGUGAAUGAAAAACCUAUAGUGAAUAACAAACCUAUAGUGAAUAACAAACCUAUAGUGAAUAACAAACCUAUAGUGAAUAAAAAAUGGAGACUAGUUAACGACAAUGGCAAUGGAAGACCACCAUUUGACGACAAUGGCAAUGGAAGACCACCAUUUGACGACAAUGGCAAUGGAAGCCAAUUAGAAAUGUCACGAAAGCCCCUGCUCUUCGGGGAUGUCCUCAGCGCCGAGGAAGAUGUACUAGGGUGUAUGUGCGACUUGUUCAGAUCAUGGGCUGAGAAAAAGGAAACAAUUUUUCAGUAUCAACGAUCAGUACCAGUGAAUAGAAUGGGGUUCUUCCGUUCACUAUCUAAAAAAGAUAGAUCUACCAUAUCCUUCUAUUGUGUAUGA